AUGACUCGUACGCACUCCCAUUCUGCAGGCCCCGCUGCAGCUAUUCACGACCGGCACCUUCAACGUCACGGAGGAGACGCUAGAGGCGCUCCGAAGAAGCAAGGUGGAGGGAAACACAAUUGGGGAACGGCUGACGAGAUCCAAGAAGAGCUGCCUCUUGCUAGAGAGUUUGGCGAUAGUAACUAUAUGAGCGUUACGAACGAGGAAGAGUUGGAUCGUGCUUCUGCGGAAGACUUGAAGAGGUACGAGGAACGGGUUCAUGUGGUUUCAGCUGAGGACUUUGCCCGCGAAAAGGGAAUUGAUGCCGAGACGGCGAAAGAAGUAGCCAGGGAACACCCAGCUGUAAUGUAUCCAGACCGUGUACGAUUGAUAUGGUUAAACUUCAAGAAGUACUCACAUUUGUCUGGGCACUUUUACUAUAGGCUUGAACCCCAUCAUCCGCACAAGUCGGCUUCGUUGAAUUCGCUGGCGAUGAAAGUGGGUAGAAUAGCAUGA